AUGUCGAAAACCUUCACGAAAGCUGGCGACAAGGUUCAAGAUGAGAAAAUCCUAAUGCCAUACACGUAUAUCCUGCAAGUACCGGGAAAGCAGAUCCGUAAGAAGCUUUCCAUGGCAUUCAACUACUGGCUGAAAGUCAGCGACGACAAACUUCGUGCGAUUGGUGAAAUCGUUCAAAUGCUACACAACGCCAGCUUGCUAGUGGACGACAUUCAAGACAACUCGAUUCUGCGGCGGGGCAUCCCCGUGGCGCACUCUAUCUAUGGCAUAGCGAGCACCAUCAACGCAGCCAACUACGCGAUGAUUAUCGCUCUUGAGAAAACCUUGGAGUUGCAACAUCCGUUGGCCACUGCAGUAUAUACCGAGCAACUGUUAGAGCUGCACCGCGGACAAGGCAUGGAGAUCUACUGGCGGGAUAAUUUCCAGUGCCCGUCCGAAGAGGAGUACAAGCAGAUGACUAUUAAAAAAACGGGGGGUCUAUUCAUGCUGGCCAUCCGAUUGAUGCAGCUGUUCAGUGAGAAUAAGUCGGACUUUAGCCGGCUAUCCUCCAUACUCGGCCUGUACUUCCAGAUUAGAGACGACUAUUGCAACCUCUGCUUACAGGAGUACUCGGAAAACAAGAGCUACUGCGAAGAUCUAACCGAAGGCAAAUUCAGCUUCCCCAUAGUGCACGCCAUUAGGAACCAGAACGCGGACAACCAAGUGCUCCACAUAUUGCGACAGCGCACUCGAGACGUGGAAGUGAAGCGGUAUUGCGUGUCGCUACUGGAGCGACUCGGCAGUUUCCAGUACACAAGGGAUGCACUACAUGCCCUGGAUAGCGAAGCCCGGGCAGAGGUUGCACGACUAGGUGGGAAUCCACUUCUGGAGUCCCUUCUAGAUGAGCUUCUCAGUUGGAGACGAGACAAGAAGCAAGACACCUACAAUGUCGAGUAG